CGUCGUCGUCGUCGUCGUCGUCGUCGUUAUCGUUGUCGUCGUUUGUUCGUUUGCUUGGCAAAAAAGCUUUUUUUUGGGACGGCCGUUUUUCAAAAAGUCCCGUUUGCUAAGCCCUCCAUCUGCGCCCAGUGUGUGCGACAACCAACGGCUUUAUUACAAGAAAGCCCCUCUGGUGGCCUUUUGCUCAUUACACUUUCUCAUCUGUUUUUCAUCUGAUUUCAUCUACCAGACCGUUACUUUGGUCGCUUGGUCCUCCCUCAACGCAAAAAGCAACCGGGACGACCCUCCACUCUUUGUCACCGACAAAACAACAAACUGCACUCGGACGUUGCUUUUAGGUUUCGUCCAACCGAACCGUCUAACCAUGGGCGGUCCAACGCUUUCAUCUCUGCAUUAAGGCAGUUUUUUGCCUCUAUCCUUAAUACCCGCAUAGAUUUACCCUCUACCCUUGAACUCCGUCCCCCCCCACAAAAUCCCCGUGAUAUACUUUUUAGAUUGUAACCUUUUCCGAACCUCAUACUUCCCCCCUUUUACACUCACUGUGCUUCUUGAUGUUUGAUAAACCGCAAGACAAAUUCUCGACUCCGCGUGCAUUGAAUGAUAGGCGCCCGACUUCCGCCCCUAAGCGCUUGACGUCUCAGACUGCUACGACUCGUCCUCUGGGUUCCGUCAGGACGACUGCCAAACCUCUAGCAGAAGUGAAAACAAGCGUGCGCACGCUGACUCCUAAAACGACGUUGAGGUCUACUACACCUACUCCUGUUACGACUCCUCGACCGAAAAGCCAAUCGCCGAGUCCGAUCUCGACCCGACCUGCACCUAGAAAGCCUGUCGCUGCAACCAAAAAUCGACUCUCUUCGGGCUCGUCGUCGGACGGUAGUAACGGUUCCUCUCCUGGAAGUGGCAGAUCUAGCAGCCUGGGGAAGCUCCAGCGUGCUGUGAUCGCUCCUCCAGUUGAGGCGCCUCGCAUUACUCCUAAACGCACGACUCUUACUGGGAAGACUACUGGAAACAUAAAGGUCAAGAUUCCUGGUAGCAAGGCUCGCCCAGACUCUGGUAUCGCUGAUAUCGACACAACCAACUUGGCGCCUGCUGCUGAAGGCACGUUAGAAAAGUGUAAAAGUUGCCAGUUGCGUAGUCCCAUACUCGACCCUGUCGCGAUGGAAAUUCAAGCAAACGACAAGGCCUUGCGCAAGAUAAUGGACCUAGAGAUUUCAAACACUUCACUGCUCGCUGUCAAUUCUUCUUUGGAAAAUACCAUUCGUCAGCAGGCUCAAGAACUGGAUGAACUGAGACAAGAGAUUGAACGUCUGAAAGGGCUAAGCUCCGUCAAUGCCGAAACGGUUGCUAUCCUCGCUAACGGGUCCACGACCAAGAGUCCCGCUCCAGUAGAAGAUUCUCGCUCGGAACCCGCGGUAGUGGAUAUUGAUUCACUCAUCAAGGAAGACGAGCACGUGGAGAUUGCGUUUGCUCGGAUCUGUGCUACGAUCCAGCAGAUGGUCGGUGACGGAAAGAAGGCAGCAGAAUAUGAGACUCCUGCGCACAUCAUUGACGAGGCACAAGCCCGAGAUGCCGAAGCUACAGCUCGCCGUGAUCUGAUACGCAAGGAAAGUCGCAGUGCUCUUGGCAAGACUCUUGCCAGUAGUCAGGGAGAUACAUUCUCAUCGUUGAACAGCCAUUCUCAGCAAGCAGCGAAUGGCUCUAUGGCAGUUACAAGUGUUCCCAUGACUGUUAAAGUUGGCAAACGUUCGCGUGCUAGUCGGAGCUCUAUGUCAUCGGGCUCUGAUGUCUCUCGGUCAUCAUCCUCGUCAAAGUCUUCUAGCAGCUCAGGUGCCUGUAAUUCUAUACCCAACAAGAACGAACCUCAUACGGAAGGAGAUAAGGACAUGAAAGCUCGGCGGCUAAGCAUCGUCAUGCGACCUGUGGUGGACACACCUACUCACGCUUAUUUGGACGAUCCGUAUGUCCUACUUGAAAAUCCAAUGCCAAUGACGACGAAUUAUUACGGGUCAAAUAGAUGUCAAUCUCGACCUCAGUUUGGAGGCGCCCGCAUGCGGCCAGAUGACAUGGAUUCGUUGCUCUCAGCUUAAAAGCGUGUGGGUUUUAAAAAAGGAUGGUGGGCCGGUAAUCUGAAUGGGAACUUUCUAUGAUUGCUUUCACAAGAAGCGUGGGACUAGAGGGGGGGAAGGGAAUAACUCGCAUACAUCUUGUAAAAUUCUCUAAUUCUUUUUUUUCGAUUCGAUUAAUACUUUUUUCAUUACUUGAAGCAUGUCAAAUGGAUUUGCUGUGAACUC